GAAAGGAAGUUGUGUCCGUUGGUACUUGGAAUAUACACACUUGAUAAACAGUAAACGACAAAGUACUUUUAUUCUACAAUCGAAAAUCGGAUUAUUGAUUGAACUUGAAAAAUUAUAAUAAAUUUUAAAUUAGUGAAUCGAAGAUAAUAGAUAAUAAUUAAUCGUAUAAUGUGAAAUACAUACUUGAAUUGAAAGUCAGUGAACUACCGGAAGUGAGAACCUUGCCAUUAUAGAAACAUAAUAUUAACUAUCACGAUGCGACGUAUAUCAUAACCUAUGAUAUGUAAGCUUCGCAAAGCUUGAUUCUGCUGAAAAUAAAGGUGUAAAUAACAGAUUGUACUGUAUUAGAAUUGAAGAAUAGACUAUUUUUAAAAAUGGUGUAGAAGAAUGUAUCCAGCAAACCAUAAGACCAUUUUUGUUUUGGACCACACACCAUAUUUUGGUAUAUCCACUGAAUGUCCAUUGGAAUUUGAUUUUCUAAAAAGUCGCGGACAAAAUUUAAUUCCUUUAGCACCUGUUUGUAAAUCUCUGUGGACUACUAGCGUAGAGGCUUCGUUAGAAUAUUGUCGCAUAGUGUGGGACCUUUUCCCAACUGGAAAACUGAUUAGAUUCGUUGUGACCGAUCGUGCAGCCUAUGUAUUAAAUUCAUGGAGUCCAUCGCAGCAGAAUUUAAAUCACAUCAUGAAUGGGACUGCCAUUUUGGGAGUACCAACGAAAACUCCAGAACCUGGAGAGGAUUAUUCCGUGAUACAUGGAUUAAGGGUAGCCAUCGAGACAUUGAACGAAUGUUCAGAAAUUCAGCACGAAAAGAGGACAUCUUUAAAUGAGAAUGCUAGUAAGCUUGUCAACAGGGGUAGAGUAAUAUGCAUUACCAGUGCAAGAGAUAAUAGCAAUAUGAAAAGUUUAGAAAAUAUAUUUUUGAACGAAUUGGCUCAAGAAAAUAAAACUGCUUUAGCCUCGGACCAUUUAAUACCUGUGGAUUAUUGUCAUCUAGUUAUAUUGAACAUCUUCCCUAACAACAUAGAAUCACAAGUUACUAGUCAAGGACCUAGAGAGGUUUCACCAUUGUUAACAGUGGAAGUACAUUCCAUCAAGGCGCCUGCUCUGCAUUCGAAACUUUCUCAUUUAAUCUUAUCACACUAUGAUUUGGCGAGUACAACCGUAACCGGUAUUCCUAUGAAGGAGGAACAAAACGCCAGUUCGUCUGCCAAUUACGAUGUCGAAAUAUUUCAUUCGUCAGCCGCACAUUCUGCGAUCUUGAAAGGAAAUCCACAGGACUCUGCCUUAAUCAAAACAUUCAGGAGAUUCGAAGAGGGUUCGGAGUACGAAACGGUGACUUUAAAAUGGUGUACACCGCGAGGUUGUAGUGCAGCGGAAAUGCAGAAUUGCACCGCUAUGCACAGAAUCACACCAGUGGACGUGAACAGUAGACCGUCGUCUUGCUUGAUCAACUUUCUGUUGAACGGUAGAUCGGUAAUGCUCGAAAUGGCUAGAAAAAGCGGAGGGAAAACCAUUUCUCAUUUGCUCGCUGCACACGGCGGCGAAAUCUUUAUACACACGCUGUCUACCGCCAGAAGCGUGUUGGAGGAUCCGCCGUCUAUCAGCGAAGGUUGCGGCGGACGUGUCACCGAUUACAGAAUAACCGAUUUUGGUCGGCUCAUGAGGAAUAACGUGUUGGUGCCUUUGAAACGAAACGCGAACAGUAACGGCGAAGGACCGGCGGAGAAGAUGAGGUCCAGAUUGGAGAGGCAUACCAAGUAUUGGCCAAUCACGAUUUCUAGUACCCUUAUGUGUAACUUGAAACAGUUAAUAGACCCGUUACCAGACCUGAUGGUGAAGGAGGAACUUAGCGCCGAGGAAGUGCUGCAAUGCAAACAAGUGAUUUUCAGUUUGUUACAAUUGGAGGCGAAGCACGAAGCGCUACCUUUGCCGAGUAUAGGCGGUGGUCGCGGCGGGAAAGGCGGUGUACGCAGAGAAGAGCAUUACCGACUUCUAUGGGGUGAACUGGAAACAUUUUUGAAACAUCACGCCAACAAUUCCGCCGCUCAUUCCGAAGUUUUGACUUGUCUCCUCGAAGUGCGAAGCAAAGACGACAAGGACAAGGUCGAAUUGGACCAGGCGUUGCGCGAAUUGGAUGGGUUCGGGAAAGAAGACGGAACCGCCAGGGCCAGCGUGAUAAGAGCUACAACCGAUUCGCCCAUGUCGCCACCGCCCAGCACUUCGAUGGCUCUGGGAAAGCAACUGCACAAGGGUGCUUUCUACGCCCCAAAAAGUUUAUUGGACAUUUGGUUGCAGCGUAGCGCGCCCAAAGAGAAGAAACCCGAUUUCCACGGAAGAGUGAACAGCGACGGUCCAAAAGCGAAAUUAUAUCCCAACCUGAAGGAACCCGGUCGAGAACCUCGGGAGCCUAUUAUAGACGGCUGAGCGGUGUAUCCGUCGCGACAACCGAUGCCGAGACCAAUCGAAACGGAAACUCGAACUCUGCGAAUCGCUCUUUUAGAUAGACGAGAACAAGCACAUUUAAACGAUGUUCGACUUCCGAGUCGCCUCGAUGAGAAUAAUAAAAGAUUCUGCAUCUUUUUUACCAGAUGUACCAGUCGUACUUUCGUUUUUUAGCUCGCGCCGGACACGAUUCUAUCCGGAAGCGAAGAAGCGUUCGCGCUCCGACGUAUUCGAGUCGCAUUCGCGUUCGAUCACCAGUAAAUUCGAACGAGUAACAAUAGCAAGGAAACGGACGAGAAGCAUCGAAGGAUCGGAAGUUGGUACGGGAGGAAGGUCGGCCACCGGCGAAGAUAGGAUUCUAUCGGACAGGGAAGUGUAUCAGUGGUGCAACGAAAGCGAUUCGUCGACCCCGUUCCCCGCGUGCUCUUCUCGUCCUACUCUCUUUCUCUCGACGUCCUCUCCUCGUCCCACUAGGUUUUACAGAGCAGACACGUCUGCCGGGUGUCUGAGCCAUCGCGAUACGUUGACCUCCAAUCGAAACUACAGUUCUAUCGUCUCCCUACCCGGCCGGGGAUUCCGCUGCUAAUCGAUCGAAGGAAGAAAGGAAGGAAGGAAGGAAGGAAGGAAGGAAGGAA